UCUGCUGCAACACAGAGGGGAAAAAAAGUGAGGGAGCGACUUUAGAGAGUGGUGCGACCCAGUUCAAACAUACGGCCAUUGUUGUAUGGGCCAGCCAUAUAUGUAUGUGUGCUGUAUCUGCACUGCAGUUUAGUUGGUGUGAAAGUUUAACCUCGCGUCAGUUUUGUAGAAAACCUGAUAUUUACAUACUUUUUUUUUGUUUUGUUGCCAUGUCCGAGGAGAUUGAAGGAAGAAGGCCCUCCAGCGAUGAGGCAACCCACAAGGAACAGCAGGAGAUUGAUGAUAAUGUCAUCACUCCAGAGAAGGCAGAGGAGGUGAAACUGAAGGCCAGGUACCCUCACCUUGGAGCCAAACCUGGGGGCUCUGACCUGCUCCGGAAACGCCUUCAGAAAGGGCAAAAGUUCUUUGACUCUGGGGACUACAACAUGGCCAAGGCUAAGGUGAAGAACAAGCAGCAGCUCCCUGCAGUGACGCCGGCUGAGAAGGCAGAGAUAACCGGGGACCACAUCCCCACACCCCAGGACAUCCCCCAGAGGAAGCCCUCUAUUGUGGCUAGCAAACUGGCUGGCUGAGUGGGUUGAUGGAACUAGGAACCAUGGAACUAGGAACCAUGGAACUAGGAACCAUGGAACUAGGAACCAUGGAACUAGGAACCAUGGAACUGUUUUGUUCUGUUACCAUUCCAUCGCUCGCUCUUGUUCUCUCUCUGAGCCGGUCUCAAUUAGUUCCCUAUGUCUACCGCUUGGCACUAACCCUUCAAUGCAUGCAUAUUUUGCUGGCCCUUCCUCCAUAUUACUCACAUUUGUUCAAACAUUGAAGAGGUAGGGGGGGGGGCAAG